AAGAGAAGCACAUGCUAAACGCACUCCGAUGGGAAGUUGCGCGGAAUGCUGGUUCCGAGUAAGUUUUGCCACCCUUCCUUCACUCCAGACUCAAUGAUGCAUCGGAGAAAGUACAUUUUUAACCUGGAAAAUUGCAAUCGGACGGAAUAAAGCGCAGCUGUCUGUCUAACUCUUGCAUUAUCGCGUACAAAGGCGUCUACGGAUCUGUUUAAGGACAACUGGAGGUCAGAAAUAUUCAGCGUCAGCGGAUUCCUAGAGAUUGGAUGCGCGUUUUAGAAGUUCCUGCGCAAUUAUGGGCUGUAAUAAGGUGUGCGUGGCGCUGGUCGGGGCGCUUGUCGUCAUCACGCUCAUCGUUAUUCCCACGGCAAUUUACGUAAACAGAGAUGAGUCUGCAUUGAAGAGAACGUAUUCUUUUAAUGAUUUCUACAAUGAUACCAUCAGGUAUAAAACAUACAGUCUCCACUGGAUAUCAGACAAUGAAUACCUCCACAAAACCAGCGAAGGCCAUAUUUACUUGCACAAUGCUGAAACGAAGGAAAGCUCAGUGUACCUAAGCAACUCAACAUUUGCCCAAGUGGAUGCCACAGAUUACAUAUUGUCAGCAGACAAAAGGUUUGUCGUCUUUGAGAGCAAUUACUCAAAGCUAUGGCGACACUCCUUCACUGCUUCCUACCAUAUGUAUAACAUGGAGUCUCGGGAAUUUCUCUCCAAGGUUCAGAUUCCACCUGUUACACAGUUCUUAGUGUGGGCACCAGUAGGAAAUAAACUGGCUUACGUCUGGGAUUAUAAUAUUUACCUCAAAAAGAAUGCCACUGCCGAGGCCGUACAAGUCACUCAUAAUGGAAAAGUUAACAAAAUUCUCAAUGGGGUUCCAGACUGGGUUUAUGAAGAGGAAGUUUUUGCAUCCAACGAAGCCAUCUGGUGGUCUCCGCAGGGGAAAUAUCUGGCUUAUCUACAAAUCAAUGACACUGGAGUUCACAACAUCGAAUACUCGUUGUAUGGAAAUGACCAGUAUCCCACCACAGUAUUUAUCCCCUACCCAAAAGCAGGCUGUGUUAUUCCCAGAGCAAGGCUGUUUGUGAUUGAUGUGGAAAAUCCGUCCAGACAAUCAGAAGUGGUGGUACCGAAAUCCGUCGGCAUAGGCGAUCACUAUCUGAGAACAGUCACCUGGGUCACAGAUGAACGACUGGCUGUUCAAUGGCUUCCACGCCGACAGGACAGCGUCCUUCUGCAGAUCUAUGACUAUGAUGGCACCAACUGGAAAGAAACCUCGGCAGGCUGUGUUAUUCCCAGAGCAAGGCUGUUUGUGAUUGAUUUGGAAAAUCCGUCCAGACAAUCAGAAGUGGUGGUACCGAAAUCCGUCGGCAUAGGCGAUCACUAUCUGAGAACAGUCACCUGGGUCACAGAUGAACGACUGGCUGUUCAAUGGCUUCCACGCCGACAGGACAGCGUCCUUCUGCAGAUCUAUGACUAUGAUGGCACCAACUGGAAAGAAACCUCGAAAUUUCAGCAAAAGAGCAAAACUGGAUGGGUUGGACGGUACUUUCCUGCAGCUCCUUACUUUGCUGCAAAUAACAUGAGUUUUUACAAAGUUAUGAGCAAUGACAACGGUUAUAAACAUCUCCACUAUGUGGAAGCCGGAAAAGCAACACCCAUCACCUCAGGCAAAUGGGAAGUGAUAUACAUCUCAAAAGUAACCAAAGAUUCCAUACACUACGUGAGUAAUGAACACAUGGGAAGACCUGGACAGAGAAAUCUUUACAAUUACUUCAGCCUGAACGCCUCUUUCUUCCGUAUGGACUGCUACGGACCAGGACUUCCGCUGUUUACACUGAUGGACAACAGAGGGCCUGCUAAAGAGAUUCAGGUCCUUGAGGACAAUAAGAAACUGGAAAAAAUUCUGACUACUGAGCUUCUGAUGCCAACCAUCAAACGUGCCACAAUGAAGAUCGCAGGAUUCAACCUCUGGUAUCAGAUGAUGUUCCCACCGAAUUUUGACUCCUCCAAAAAGUACCCUCUUUUCAUUCAAGUAUAUGGCGGCCCAGCCAGCCAGAAUACAGACUAUGUGUUUCGCCUGGAGUGGGCCACGUACCUGUGCAGCACAGACAAGGUCAUCAUCGCCAGCUUUGACGGCAGGGGAAGCGGUUACCAGGGUGAUGAGAUAAUGCACGCCAUCUACGGCCGGCUGGGAACAUACGAGGUGGAAGAUCAAAUCUCGGCCGUGAGAAAGUUCAUUGAAAUGGGUUUCAUUGACAAAGACAGAAUUGGCAUGUGGGGUUGGUCGUAUGGUGGUUAUGUCACAUCCAUGGUUCUGGGAUCUGGAAGUGGACUGUUCAAAUGUGGAAUUGCCGUGGCUCCUGUUGCUAAGUGGGACUAUUAUGAUGCCGUAUAUACAGAGAGAUACAUGCAUCGCCCUGAGGAAAACACUGAAAGUUAUAAAAAUUCAACAGUGACCGACAGGGCAAAAAAUUUCAAGUCAGUGCAGUACAUGCUGGUGCACGGCACUGCAGACGACAACGUGCACUUCCAGCAAGCUGCCCAAAUUUCCAAAGCCCUGGUGGAAAAUCAAGUUGAUUUUGAAGCAAUGUGGUACACCGAUAAGGAUCAUGGACUGUCUGGUAAAGCGCGUUACCACCUCUACGCACACUUGAACCAUUUCCUGCAGAACUGCUUUGCGGAGAAAAAAUAAAUGGACUUAUUGAUGCAUUAUGAAGACAAAUGUUCCUUUUACAUUGACACAAACACUGUUAAUGACAGAUGCUUUACAUGCUAGUCUGUAUUUAGAACAUGUUAAUGGGAACAAACUCUUAUGUCAGAGCCAAUGACAGUUACAUGUAAGAUUUUAUAUUUUUUUUUAAUAUGUGAAAUUUGUAUUAGCUGUUUUUUUUUUUUUAUCAAAUUGCUGUAAUGAUUACUCUACAAAUGUGACCUGAUAUGAAUGUAGUUUGUAUCACAGACGUCUGGCAUGUUUCAUAAUGUUACAUUUACAAAUUGAUUGUGGAAUACAAUCAAUUUGUGUUCUAUGUAGUUGUGUUUAUGCACUGACUUCAAUGUGUGGUUUAAGCAUGUCUGUAAGAAAACUGAUCAACUCAAACAUUGGAGAUUUGAAUGCCUUGGUCUUUUGACUCAUUCUUCAUAUAUCCUGAAAACAAGAAA